AUAUCACCAAGGAGAUGACAGCAAAAACAGAUACACAUAGUAUCAUAGGUAUAAAAUAUUCAGAAACCUUAUUUUUAUUUUAAAAGAUAAAAACAAAAUUUGUGCCCAGCAACUGAAUAAUGGCUAAACAAUUUGUAAUGAAUAAAGAUAAUGGAUAAUUAUAGUGUAACAGGAAAAAAUGAGAAAAAACUAAGAAAAAUGUAAUCUGUAAAAUAAAGAAGAAAAGACUAAAAUAAACUAACAACCUCAAAAAAUUAGUAUGCUAGAUAAAAUAUUUGAGUUAAAUAUAAAAUUCAAUGUUAGUCCAAAUUUGUAAAGUUCAAAGGAAACAUCCCUCCUUUUGUUAGCAAUAAAAUAGUUUGUUUUCAGGGGGAAAUUUUUCAUUUACAAUUGUUUAUUGUGACAUUUAUUUCUGAAUAUAGUCUUGCAUGGUAGAUAGUCCUGCACGACAGAUAUGUUUAAAGUUCAGGAAAAAGAAUCAACAUAUCUAUCAUACAGACAGGAUACAGCAGUUGAAAUAUACUCUGUAAAGAUUUUAUUUUAACAUAUUUUGAAAAAGUUUUUGUAGUUUUAGAUCAAACUAUAUUUGUCCAUCUGUCUAUCUAUAUGUCUUUCUAUGUAUCUAUUUUUCUAUUUAUCUACAUAUUUAUGUACAUUAGAGAAAAUGGGGAACCUCUCUACUGGGACAGAUCAUGUCAUCAUUGGACAACUAGUUUUAAGGAAGUGAUCUUUUCCUUAAAUUUAGUUAGAAUUCACCUCCUCCAACCAUGAUUCUUAGACUUUCCCUCUGAGACUGUAAAAUAAAUUGAUGUAAUAUACAUAAGUUUCUGACCUGGAUUAAAAAAGGAUCUAAUCAAGGACUCCUACAUAGAAAUUAUUCAUGUAGUUAGGGGAUCGCAAAUUAUGCUUAUUCUAUUUAUUUUCAUUAUAUACAUCAAUGAACCUUUCUCUUAUUUCGAAGUCUCAUCAGUUAGAGCUGCUACUACCUCUCUACCUACUUCAAAAUAUGACAUCUUAUUAUAUGACUUUUCUGUAAGAACUGUGUGAGGUUAAUGUAGGGUCUACUUCUCAUGGCAUCUAUAUGACAUCUAAAAAUACUAGAAUAACAGUUAUGUGACCUUGGAAAAAUUCUGUUCUUGUUUCCAAAGAAAGAGACGCAAUAGCCCAUGCCUAUUGGCCUCUUGGUAAGAGGAAAUCUCUGGAGAAAAUGGAAGGAGACAGGAUGUGUGUAUGUGUUGGGGAAAGAGGAGUGGUCACUAAGUUCCCUUGUGACUUCUCAGAUGCUUAAAAGCUUGUGAAAGGAGAAUAAAAAUCCCUUAUCCAUUGCCACAGCCCAUAUUCUCUGAGUUAUUGUUUAUGAGUUGCCAAAGAUGACGAGGGACAAAAGACCUUUUAAAGAUAUAGCCUCUUUCACUUCAGCCUCGGACAAAUCUAGGAAGCCAGAUGUGAAGAGGUAAGUUGAUUUAAUUCAGGGUUCGUAGAGCUACAUGUGGGUAAAGGAGCCAAGGUUUGCCUGGUGUUCUAGCCACAGUGCUACCUAGCUGCCCAUCAUGAUAACCCUUUUAAAAUAUUAAUAGAAUCACUAAAAUUUUGUCUUUCAACAUUGUCUAAUAAAAAUCACCUCUUCUGCAAAUGGGGUAACAUGUUAGAAGAGAAAUAAGAGAAUUGAGCUUGGAAUCAGCAGAUAUAGAUCUGAAUCUCAAAUCUGACUACUAAGGGUGAAAUUUUGAGUUUAUUUCUUACUGUGAUCCCCUUUCCUUGUUUAUGAAUGGGAGAAAAAAAUUUGUUAAGGUAUCCUUCAAAGAGAUGUGAGGAAAAUACUUGGGACAUCAUAUAUCAAUAUAGGAAUGGACUAGUCAUUAGUCAAUCAGUCAGUCAAUGCACAUUGAUUAAAUAUCUUCUGUAUGUCAGGCACUGGCCUAAGCACUGCUCACAUAGUAUCUCAUUUGAUACCAGGAAUAUUCAGAAACAAUUUUUUCCCCAACUAGACAUGAGAGGGGGCAGCUGGGUAGCUCAGUGGACUGAGAUGUAGGCCUAGAGAUGGGAGGUUCUAGGUUCAAAUUUGGCCUCAGUCACUUCCCAGCUCUGUGACCCUGGGCAAGUCACUUAACCCCCAUUGCCUAGCCCUUACCAUUCUUCUACCUUGGAACCAAUACACAGUAUAGAUUCUAAGGCAGAAGGUAAGGGUUUAAAUAAAGUGAGAACAAACUUCAUAGGACAAAAUAGAAUUAGAGAGUUAAGUUUAUGUAAUAAUAUUCAAUCUCUCUUGUAUUUUUUAAACAGAAAAAAUGUAUCAUGUUAUAUAAUUAUAAUGACCAAGCAUGGUCAAAGGGAAAACAAACCCAUCAUAAAGGAAAUGGAUACAAUGAGUAUAGACUGUUGCAUAUGCUGUUGGAUGUAUAAGCUCAAUGGGAUUAUUAUACUGGAAUUUUUUUUUAUUUUGUUAUUAGGGAAGGUAUAGUGGAGGACAAUAUAUAGUGAGCAAUGAAUGAUUGAAUAUUAUUAUAUAUUCAUUGGCAUAAAUCCUGCCCAAAUAGCCCAGCCACUUCCCACACAAGUACAGGGAUCCUUAUUUAGUUUUGAGGUGUGGGAGUAAGAAUUACACUUUUAAAUAAUCAUAAUCAGCUCUUCUUCACAUCUGCUAAAGACACAAAAUAGGGCUUCAUAUUUUUAAUGUUUCAGAGAUGUGGAAAGAAGUUACAAUUUUUUAAAAUAUAGAACAACUCUAAAAACGAUUUAAAAACAAAACAAGCAAAAAUUUUAGUACAAUUUUUAUUGAAUCCUAAUCUCAAAAUGAUUUGAGCCUUUUCCACUUUGGAGGAAAGACUGUUUUUAUCCUGAUCUUGUAAUUCUGGUCUAGAGGAGAGACUUUGGACUGUCUAAAUAUCUUCCUUUUUGUUUUAGAGUGUUUGGUUUCCAUAAAUAAUUGUCACUGAACUAAUCUUUUCUCUUCCAGACCCCAGAAAUAAAGAUUUCACAGUGGUCUUGUGUUUUCAGGGUAUUUAUGACAGCUAAGACACAGUAAAGAAAAUUUAAGGCACUCACCAUGUCAACUAUCAAUAAGACUAGUCUGCAUCCAACUAGCUUCUUCCUCCUUGGCAUCCCUGGUCUGGAAACUGCACACAUUUGGAUCUCCAUCCCCUUCUGCCUAGUAUAUAUAAUGGCUGUGCUGGGAAAUAGUAUCCUUUUAUUCAUCAUCAAAUCUGACCAAAGUCUACAUGAACCCAUGUAUCUCUUUCUCUCCAUGCUCUCAGUGGCAGACUUGAUUCUCACCACCACAACACUACCCAAGAUCCUUAGCCUCUUCUGGUUCAAUGAUAGGGAAAUAAGUUUUGAUGCUUGUCUUACCCAAAUGUAUUUUAUUCAUUCUCUGUCUACUAUGGAGUCUGGAUUCAUCUUGGCUAUGGCUUUUGAUCGCUAUGUGGCUAUUUGCAACCCCCUUAGACACUCAACGAUUCUGACCCACUCCGUUAUUGGAAGCCUUGGCUUGGCCAUUGUGUUCCGUGGAGCUGUGUUGCUCAGUCCCCAUCCAUUUCUACUACGGUGGCUUCCCUACUGUAGGACAACCAUCAUCUCCCACACAUACUGUGAAUUCAUGGCCUUGAUCAAGCUAGUCUGUGCCCCAACCCGGAUCCGAAAAGCUUAUAGUUUAAUUGUUGCCUUCCUUACAGGUGGUAUGGACUUCAUACUGAUCAUGUGCUCUUAUGUACUCAUACUUCGUGUUGUAUUUAAUAUGCCCUCUAAUGACGCAAGGCUUAAGACCUUGGGCACCUGUGGUUCCCAUGUGUGGGUAAUUUUGGCUUUCUAUACUCCUGCCUUCUUCUCCUUCCUGACACACAGGUUUGGACACCACAUUGCUCCCCAUGUCCAUAUUUUUGUGGCAAAUAUUUACCUUCUCAUCCCACCUAUGGUGAACCCCAUCAUUUAUGGAAUAAAAACCAAACGCAUCAGAGAAAAGUUCCUCAAAGUAUUUGUAGUGAAAAAUGUCUGAGCAUAGAAAUGAAUGAGACCUUCUGAAUGAGUUAUUUCUACAAGUGAUGUAUCAGUACCAGAGCAGAACCAAUAAAACAGGAAUUUUAGUUUCACCUUUUGUAGGUUAAAGAUUAUUUAAAGUAAAAGUAAAUCUGGCUGAAUUGCACAAAUAAACAUUCUUAGACAACACUGACAAUGGCAAUAAUGAUGACUGGGACAUUCUUCCUGGGUGAGUAAUGUUUGAGAAAAAAAACUCAAACAUCUAAGUCAUCUUUAUUCUAUGUUUGUUCUAUGGUGAAGCUUUUUGAGAAUGCUAUAUGCAAAGUCUUAUAGCAGUGAUGCAAGGAUUUCAAGGCAAAGAUUGAAUGUUCUUCCAGGUUCCAAAAUUGUCUCCUUGAAAUGUAAUCUGAGGAAGUCCUUCAGGAACAAUUCUUGCUUGGGUAGUAUAAUGCUGCUCAUCUACAUCUUUCUAAUACUGUAGUAGUUCUUUUUCAUAGAAGUUGGAAGAAAUACAAAGAAUGGGCAUAGAUUAUACACAUCCGUAGGAAAGAUAGAAAAUGAGACCUUGAUUUAUGAUCAAAAAAUUGAAAUUUGGAUCCUG